AUGAAUCAUUUAUUUGUCCAUGUUGCGAGCCAGUUGGAUUCGACAGUGCCUGCAGAGACGGCAGGACAACUGGGUCGAACAGGGCGGGAAAAGAACCGUACGGCCUUGGAUAGGACCUACAGGGGGCCUAACCGGCCUGCCUGCUGUGCCGGUCUGGCCCUAAUGACAAACAUCGACUGGGAUCUGCGAUUUCGACUGGCCGAAAAGACACUCUGUACCCAGAAAAGAAAAAUCACCACCUCGUGUCCAGAGCCCAAAAUUCCCUCUUCUCCUCCUCCUCCUCCUCUCCCCUCCUUCGUGAGACCCAUGCCGCCUGCCAGUGCACACACCACAUCUGAACACACUGAAAACUCCACAGUCUCCAGGAUUGCCGCGCGUCGGGCACAGAAUGUGUGUGGCCCGGGCUUGGGGUGGCGAGUUAAAAGGGAUUGGUGA